AUGGUAACCGGUCUACGACCCCUUCUGGGCGUACUGUUCCUGACCCUGGCUGUCACCACCUUGCCCACCGCCUCGGCCCACAAUGGCAAACAAAUCAACAAGACUGAAAUCGUCAACACGACACUCGGUCCGGUACAAGGCUUCCGUGAAGUAGUUCUGAACAAGACCAUCCACUUCUUCCUGGGCAUUCCGUUCGCCAAGCCUCCCGUAGGGCGACUGCGGUUCCGCAGGCCGGUCCCCAUUGAUCCUUGGACCGACGUGCUACGUGCCACGAAGAUGCCACCCCGGUGCAUGCAGCAAGGCGUGCUGAGCCAAGAGGACUGCCUCUACCUGAACGUGUGGACGCCGACCAUGAACACCUCGUGGAAGCUUGACGUCAUGGUAUACUUCCAUGGUGGAGCGUACACCUUCGAGAGACCGCUGAUACAGAGGGACCUCCGGUACAUGACGGCGAUGGCUGACGUGGUCAUGGUGAAGAUGAACUACCGGCUGGGCGCCUUCGGCUUCCUCUACGGUGCCCACGAAUACGCUCCGGGCAACAUGGGCCUCUAUGACCAGUACCUGGCCCUUUUGUUUGUCCUCAACAACAUCGAGCUGUUCGGAGGUGACCCGAACAAGAUCACCGCCUUCGGGAACAGUGCGGGCGCCAUGUCCAUUGGUCUGAUGGCCACGUCACCGCUUACUCGACACGUCAUCAAGCGUGCCGUGAUGCAGAGCGGUAGCCCAUGCGUGUCCAUCAUAGCACGGGAGAACAACACACUGGAGAUAGCUGACAAGCUGGCCUACCUGGUCGGUUGCGCUGUCAGAGGAAUGACCGUAACCACCCACCCGCGACAGAUCGUGUCCUGCCUGAGGCGCAUCGAAGCAGACAAGAUAGUGGACGCAACAUCGGUUCUCUUUGGCAUGCUCAGAGUAUUCGUCCCGGUCUUCGGCGACGAGAUGCUCCCUAUGCACAUACUGCCGGCGCUUAAGUACGGCUUCUUCAACAAGAACCUGAAGCUGCUCAUCGGCAUCACACCUGACGAAGGAGCCAGCAUUCUCAGCACGGCCUAUCCGCAGUUCUUCCGGCGCGAGAGCCACAGCAAAGUCUCCAACUCCGAGAUGUUCGAAACGUGCAACCGCACGUUUCUGCACAAUUUCUCGAAGUCGCAACUACGCCGAAUCUUCUGUAAUUACAUGGGCCUUCGGGGCCACACAACGUUCCUUAAGCUCCGCGACAUCCUGUCUUCUUGCAUAGCCGACUACUUCUUGGUCUGCCCAGCACAUCACUUUGCGCGGGCGCUCAGCCGAAAGGGCGCUGACGUCUACUUCUACCUGUUCGCAUACCGCACCAAGAACUCGCUCACGCCGCCGUGGAUGGGCGUUGUGCACACGUCCGAGCUUUUCUACUUGUUCGGCGAGCCCUGCUCGACCUCGUGGUACACGGACGAAGAGCGAGCGUUCAGCCGAACAAUGGUCGAUAUCUGGAGCACCUUCGCCAGGACAGGGCAGCCUCCGAAGAACCUGCACUGGCCUAAGUACCUGUGGAGCCGGCCACGUUACCUGCGGCUCCAGCCGCGCAAUUUCCUACCCGGCCGUGGCCCCCGUGAAGAAUGGUGCAGGCUGUGGCUCAAACCCAGUGAAUGA